AUGGCGGCGGCGGGAAAGAGAACCAUGCCGGGCAACCCAUCCAAUCAGUCGGCGAAAAGACGCAAGGGGGGAGACAAAUGGCGGAAACAGCAGGGUAACAAGGCCACGAUUGAAUCAGGGGAUUGGGGCGUUUUUGUAACGUGUGAUAUGGGCAGAGAGCAGAAAUGUGUGGCAGAGGUUCUGGAUCUCUUCUCCCAGAGUGUGGAAGACGCCACAGGAGACGUGGAGGGUGAUGAUGAAUUUGAUGCUGAUGCAGACGACAUCGAGGCACAGAUUAAGAGGGAGAUGGAAGAGCUACAGCCCGAUUCGAAGAAGCCGAAGCUCUUCCGUGAGAUCAGAUUGGACAUCCCAUGUGUGACCUUUAUACGAUUUGAUAAGAGCAUAGAUCCGGUGAAAAUGGUUCAUGAUCUCUGCCUGGAUGCGCAUGCCAACCCUGAUCGGAAACGCAGUCGAUGGGUCAAACGAUUGAACCCUGUGAGCUCGAUUCGCAAGACGCUGAGCGUUGAUUUGAGCGAGUUUGCAAAGGAGAUUCUCAAGCCUCAUUUCCAUUCAGGGGGGCCUCCUAGAAAAUACGCUAUCCGGCCAAGUAUCCGAGGCAAGAGCAAAUUCGACCGGGACGGCGUGAUCAAGACAGUGGCAGAUGCAGUAGGGCCCGAGCAUCCGGUGGAUCUCAAAAACUAUGACCUGGUCAUACUCGUCGACAUCAUCCAGAACGUGAUCGGAAUGAGCGUCGUAGGAAGCGAUUAUGACAAGUUAAAGCGGUUCAACCUGGCAGAGUUAUACGACCCCACACCAAAACUGCAGGCCGCGACAGUAGGGAAAGACUAG